CCUGCCCACUCACCAUUGUGCCACGGAGUCGCACCGCUGCUACAACGUAAACUACCCUGUGUUCUGGCAGUCUGCGCAGGAAGCGGACGAAGCACAGCAGACAAGAAGCGUUGAGCACUAGCGUCAGUCCGACUAUCUGCCGAAUAAACUAGGCUACACAAGAAGCUGAGCAGAUAACCACUCCGACAGAUCCAUGUCCCGUCCCAGCGGUUGAAAGAACAGAAAGAAACGAGAGGACACCUUCACAUGCAUGAAGAGCAACACAACACAAGGGACUGUGAGUGCAGGUGAGGACAAGGACAAGUCCUUCAUCCGUCCGUCAACGUCAGAAGUGUCCCGGUGCCGCCCACCCUCAGGUCACCUCAACCGCGACGGCGGCCGAACAAAUAGGCGUCUCUCGACCCAGCGUCCCUCAGACUGCCUGCCUUCACAAAGCAAAUAUUUGUGGCCAUUAUAUCUCAUUUCCCAGGGCUAACCUUCAGUGAAAAGAUCAACGGAAAAGGAGGGAUCGCUCAGAGAGAGACGGACAGAGAGAAAAAGAAAGUAAGGGGGAGGGUGAAAAAUAGUAACCCUUUCAAAGUGAACUAUUUCUGCUGCGCUGUGGGCAGGAGAACGUCCCAUUUGGGAGUGCUGUUGGCCAGUGGCAAAAGGAUUUCCCUGCACCCUGCCUAUUUAUCCAAAUGCCUGUGUAAAUACUGGAUAGAGAUAUCAAUUUGUCUGGGCUCCAAUAGUGCCCAAAAAGAGACUAUAAGCUAUCUAUAGAAAGCUCCGCAACAAACUUGGCCUCUGUGGUCACAGAAUUGCCACCUAGUUAUUUCCUCAGUAGCGAGAUUCAGGAACUGUGAGUGAGAAUGGGAGCUGCUAUGCUUUAGUUCUGAAGCGGAAAGCUUACUGAAAAGUUCACACCAGACUAGAACUCGAAAGGUACAACAAUAGAUCCAGGGGGAACACCUUUCGCAACCAGCUGCAGGAGAAGGCAGCCAUUUUGGGGCUGCUGUUUUGAUGUCUUUACCCAGAAGGGUGGAGCACCAUGAAGCCGCUAACACCCAUAGGAUCCCCCUCACCUCUGAGGCUCCUCAACAAGGGCCCGGACUACCUGCGUAGGCAGAUGGAGGGUGGGGGCCAGGGCCGUUCCAUCAGCGCUGUAGAGAGACUAGAGGCAGACAAGGCCAAGUACGUUAAGAGCCAGCAGGUCAUUAACACCAAACAGGAGCCCGUCCUGGUGCCUUGCACACCACCUCCUCCACACCGUCGUCCCCACACCGUGCCUGGGAGCCUCACACCACGACUGCCACCCCGCCGAUCCUCUGCCCCUUUCACCACNCUGCCACCCCGCCGAUCCUCUGCCCCUUUCACCACCCUGACUGGCCCCCUCAACGUACGAGACGAGAACGAGAAUGAUGACUCGAGGAAGGAGAAUYGGAGGACGUCGGUGGAUGUGGAAGCACGGAACAGGAGUAACGCCAACAAGGUGACCCCACCCAGCCCCAGGACCCCCAGGACUCCACMCUCCRUACCCCUGGUAGCCCCUCACAGUGCCCCCAUCCUGAGGAGGAGCACCGGUAAGCGCAUGCUGCGGCCUGACUCCCUGGUCAUCUAUCGGCAGAAGAAAGAGUGCAAAAGCCUGCCUAGUGGUGGCGUCAUACUGGGGAACUCCAACAUGGAGAUAAAGGGGUACAACUUUGUCCGCCGCCUCUUCCAGGGCUCCAUGCGGGAGAAGWGUGGCGGKGGCGAGRGGGRCACCCAGAAGAUGGUGAUCAGCGAGGAGAAAGCUYUGUCGCGGGAUGKUGACUCACGCAUGUCCUGGACCAAUGACAAGGACACCGUGGACGGGGGACAGGKAGGGCCRGGUAGCCGGAGAUCCAGUAAGACGGACCACGAGCGCUCACCGCUGCCCAGCCCUGGCCUCAGCCCUGGCUUCAGCUGUACACYGGAGCGGACUAAGAAUGGUGUUAGCUGUGUUAGCAAUGGCACYACCAAUGGUACCAGAAAYGGCAAUGGCAUCACCAAGRGCAAYRACGURAGUGACCACACUGACAACGAGGCGGACRUCUGGAAGCGGGUGCCGCCRCCACCRCCMCCGCGGYGGCGUUCAGGACUACAACGCUCCAAGUCAGAUCUGCUUCUGCGAUGCUCAGUGGCGUUGUCUGACCAGGAGCAUUUCUUUGACUACUGCGGGCUGGACCUGGACAUGGUGGACCGGCUGGGGCCUGAGAACUUCCUGGGYGGGGCCAGCGACGUAGACACGCUCUCAUUGGUGCUGAGGAGCAUAGGGGGAGGGGGCGGUGGCUCGGAGCCCAGCGAGUUCUCCCGCCACUCAGGAGAGGCRGGGCUUUUCCAGGAGGAGGUGGCCGAGAAGCUGACCACGGGRGUGUCAAUCAUCGAGAGGAAUGCCCGUGUCAUCAAGUGGCUUUACAGCUGCAAGAACGCAGCACAGGAGGGGCCCAAAGAGUCCACUGUUUAGACACCACUUCUCUAAAAGAAGACAUGUUCCCCUAUGACUGAAGGACAGAGACUUUGUUACUGUAUUGUAAUCCUUAGUCUUCUCCCAGGUUGAUAUGCUGUAUUUAUAUGUCCUACGGAAAGUGUGAGGGGUGUGUAUGAGCUACACCUUAUUUUCAAGUGGAAUCAUUUACCCAUAUAUAUAUAUAUAUAUGUUUGUGUCAGUGAGUGUGUGGUUGUGUUGGAUAUGGCUGUCCCACCCACUCCCUGUCCUAACCAAUAGGUAUUGUCGGAUCUAUAGUGACUGACAGCCUCCCCUAAGCUCCGCUCUGACUCUACAACCAACAAUAAGGCACAUCAAUGAGAAAACAACAGGCAUAGAUGAGGCUGUAUUUAGUGCCGUGGACGCACAACAACACAACCCUACACUCUUCUCUCGAACAUAUGAAUAAUUUAGAAUGGAAAACCACAGAGUUUUUUUUUUCUGAACUGGAGUGAACCGUGAGUACCUCAUUCCGAACUGUGCCAGUUGUGUUGCUUUUUUCCCUUCUUAAACGCAGGCGUUGGAACAGGCACGCGAGGGACCCCUGUGGGGUCGGUAAUGCACUGAACUGGACGAUAAGUGAGAGAGAGAGGAAACGAGUGAGAGAGAGAAAGAGAAACAGCAUUGACUUUUUAAGAGAGAAUCCUCACCUAUUAAACACUGAGCAUAAUACUCUAGAGGCAGUACUACCGGGACAGUAGUAUUAGACAAGGAGGGACGCGGGGUUAUCUUGAUCCUACAGCACCUCUGAACCUUACCCCAGAGAGAGCUAACUCUUACACAGCAGCUACUGACCACUGAUACGUUCGUUGUGAUACAAUUGUUAUUGAUUUUGACAGCUACAGCUAUGUAACUGGCUGGCAGCAAACUCUGCAUUGCCUUUACACCUGUUGCUACUGUGUAAGCUACCUUGUUGCCAUUGCAGGUAGGAAUUAAAGUGUGAUAUGUUCUUUUACUGGAUAACUGGUCAAUUCCUUGUGGAAGAAAGUUACUUUUUACUUCGCUACCACAAAAUAUUCACUUCAAGGGCAUUUUAAAUUCCUCACCAAACAAAGAUUAUUUUGGUUCUAUUUUCAUGUAACAGAUUUCACCAUAGUAGGUGUUCAAAGUGUAAGGGACCAUGAGCUAUCAGGUUGCCAAAUAUUUGAGAGUGACACCUUCACAGAGCUGACGUUUACAGAGUCCCCCAGACUCCCUCGAGGGUGGGGGUUGGGGUUCAUCUCCCCCCUGGGGCCAAUGGUCAUCUGGCUCUCCCCCACAGGAGCCCCCAGGCCAGAGGGAGGACGGUAAAGGGGGUGAGAACUCCCUCUCUCCCCCUCUACCUCUAAUAGCCAUAGAUCCUACCUCACUUCAUCAAUCUGUCAUUGAUGCCCCUUUUAUCUAAAUGAAAAUGUCACUUUGAUCAGAGUUCUCCCAGGGAUACCCCUGAAAAAUUAACUGAAGGUCCACGGGUGGUAUGUACGGGUUAGAAUGUGACCCGGGGGGACAGAGAGAGGCAUUGGGUGGAGUAAUAUUGGACCUGAGGAAGGUCACAUGAUAGGCUAUGUAAUAAAUCAAUCCCCUUUUAGAGCCAUGGUAUUUUCUCUCUGUAUGUAGCAUGGCGCCCAAACCAACUGGACCACCCCUUUAAGCUGGAUUUGUGUUGGAAACUCCUCUGACAAAACUGUUUUCUUGCAUGUUUACAAAACGGCUCUGUACAUUUUUCGAUCUCUGUUUUAUUUUCCAUAUAUGAGCCGUUCCGUUUUUAUUCCAAAGAGAAAUGUGUAUGAUGUUGUACACAGAAAAUGUUAAGAAUAAAGUAAUAUUUGUGCAACAAAA